CUCGAUGACGACGCGGGGCCUUGCCAGCGCUUCACAUUCGUAGUCUGUUUGUCCGAGCGACCCCUCGACUUUGGCGCCGAGCCUAUCGCCGAGCACCUCUGAUCCCGAACCCUCGCCUGAUCGACCGAAGAACGCGCCUGCAAUCAACUGUCAAGCCUCGGGAAGCAUGCUGGGAACACACAACUUUCUCCGACGUUUUAUUCUCCGACAUCCUCCCCGUAUCCACCUGACAGCCCGCCCCCAGCCCGACAUGCUCAGGCGGCGGCGAGAUCCCCCCAGCCGCAACGGGCUCAUAAACUUCGGGGAAUGCGCUCAGGGUCCAGAGGCGGGGUAUAUAAAGGCAGGCGCGGCGCCGUCGAGAGCCGCAGCGAACGCAGCAUACCCCAAGUUUCAAGCAUACCCACCGCAUAGUCGACCUCAAACUAUCGAUGCGGUCUUAUCUCACGAUUGUCGCCCCUCUGGCGGCGGCGCUCGGCGUCUCUGCCCAGCAGAGCGGCCAGACGACGCGCUACUGGGACUGCUGCAAGCCGUCUUGUGCUUGGAGCGGUAAAGCCUCCGUCAGCGCGCCCGUCAAGACCUGCGACAACAACAACAACCCGCUGAGCGACCCGGACAUCAAGUCCGGCUGCGACGGCGGGACCGCGUUCACCUGCGCGAACAACCAGCCGUGGGCGGUCGACGACAACACCGCGUACGGCUUCGCGGCCGUCGCGAUCUCGGGGCAGACCGAGGCGGACUGGUGCUGCCAAUGCUACGAGCUCACUUUCACGAGCACGUCCAUCUCGGGAAAGAAGCUGAUCGUCCAAGCCACGAACACCGGUGGCGACCUCGGCUCGAACCACUUCGAUCUCCUGAUUCCGGGCGGUGGCGUCGGCGCCUUCACCCAGGGCUGCCCCGCCCAGUACGGCAGCUGGAACGGCGGCCAAACCUACGGCGGUGUCGGCUCGCGCGAGGAGUGCGACAACCUCCCGAGUGCCGUCCGCGAGGGCUGCUACUUCCGCUUCGACUGGUUCGAGGGCGCCGACAACCCUGCGGUUACCUGGCAGCAGGUCAGCUGCCCGAGCGAGCUCACGUCGAUUUCUGGGUGCUCUCGUCAGUAAAUUAUGGCGGGCGUCAAGGAAUGAGGCGCGCAUCCGUAAUUUAAGGCGUAUCGGUCGAAGAGAACGAGGAGAAGGAAGGCGGGAAGAGAAGAGAAAGACUAUGUUAUGGUAUCUACCGGUGAUAUACUUCGCUGAGGCUUCUACGCUGUAUCAAUCGUCCUGCUCGAUAACUCUUUUCAACAAAGCCUUCCGCUUUCGGAUUCAGACGUAAC